CCCUCACUGUACAGUGAGUCGUCCCUCUAUAAUAUAUCAUAAGUCGAGUUGUAAGCCUCCAUUAUUUUCUAUCAGAAAGUGAGAUAACGGUGCGAUUCAAUAUCUGAUUAGAAAUGGUUUAAUUUUCAAAUAUCACAUAAAAUUAUGAUUAUAAAAUUUGCAAUAAAAGACUGUUGAAAUUUAACGAAAAAGACGCCAUAUUGAUUCAGUUCACUCUCACGUCUACCGUGGCGCUUGUUUCUAUGGUCUCUUUAAUACCAUUAGAGAUGUUGGGGUGUCGUGAUAUCAUCGCUAUAACGAGCAUGUAUCCUGUCUAAACAGAUGAAUCUCGCACCUCGAUCGAGACUCCUCGUUGCUAAAAGUCUACAUUGUUAUCGACGGAGCCUGUCGAUACGAAAGGACGGUGAAGAGAACAAAAAUCGAAACGAUGACACAAAGGAAAGUAUCAUUGAUGAUUUAGCGGAACCGACUAACUGCUGCAUGUCAGGAUGCGCGAACUGCGUGUGGAUACAAUACGCCGAACGAUUGAGCGAUGCGAUGGAAGCCUCCGACUUCGACCUGCAGAAAGCCAUCUUGGAAAGAGUGCAGGAUCCCAAUAUGAGAGCAUUUCUCACAAUGGAGCUUAGAUGCCGGAAACUGAUAAAAUAGCACAAAUAAAGAUAUCAUCGAUAUGUACAUUAUAAUAAAUUUUAAGCGCGACAUGUAUAUACAUGUGUGUGUACAUUAUUUUCAUAUAUAAAAUUGAUUAUGAAUAAAAAAAUUAGUUAAAUAAUGCAAACAAUUGAA